AUGAUUGUUGACAAAAUAGUUGGAAUGAGGAAAGCAAGCUCUGGUAGACCACAGCAAAUUGACGAGGAAGAUGCGCAAUUUAUCCUGCAAUGCAUUGAGGAAAAAGCAACUGCCCAUGGCAGAAGACACGAUUCUGUAUUAUAUACUGGUCAUCGAGCAAAGAAAAAAGAUUUCUUAAAACUUGCAAAUUACAGCAGAAUUUCCAGAGGACUUAAGCCUAUUAAAUCAGCAACAACAGUUUUCAACCGCGGAAGACCAAGAAACAAGAGGAGUUUGCAGGCCAAGAAACAUUUAGGCCUUGGUUUGUUUUGUGGCAAAAAACCACCAAAGCUUAAAGAAAAUGGCAAUAUAUUGACCCAUCACCAGCGAGCCUUCAAAAAGGGUAUACUUAUUUCGCAACUACAUUCAUCCAAAGAAGACGAGGCUAAUUUCAACAUGUUUAUAUCAAGGAACGAUAAAGCAUACAUUUGUCCUGGCACGAGCACAGGUAGCGUUUCUUUUUUACCACAUAAUUGAAUAGACCAUGCUCUAUAACAUAUUGAUAUUUUAUUUUUAUAAUAUAGGUGUUCAAAGUGCAAGAAAUGUCCGUAUCAUUCAGCCAUCUGACAUCACGAAGCAAAAAACCUUGCCCAAGUAUGACUUUCCAUUGCGACUUGUCAACGUUACACCAGGUGUGAAUCGAAUCAUGGACUUCGAGCUUAAAGAUGAUGACAAUGAAACCAAAAUAAAGAUGACUGAUGACAAUACAGUUGUUUUUAACCGACCAAAACAUUUCAUUGGCAGUAACGGAUCAGUGUGGGCCUCUGAGUUUAUGCAGUUAGGCUAUUUAUAA